AUGACCUUAUUAUCUUCUUAUACACAUCUAAAACAGCAAGUUGUAUAUAAUGUUGGAAGCAGUGACAUUCAAGGUAAUCUUCUUAACCAACUAAAAGAGUUUUACAGAGAUGACAUAGACUCCACAAGAAGACUCGAACAAAUAAAAACUAUUGGGCAACUGUUACGAGUAUUAGAAAUACGCGAUGUUCUUUCCGAAAACAAUGUAACGCCCUUGAAGGAAAUAGCUAGAAGAAUUAAAAACAAUGAUUUAUUAAAGAAAAUAAGUGAAUAUGAGCAGUCCCAUGAUCAUAGGGAACAUUUGAACUUUUAUGCUGCAGAAAAUACACAGAGUUCAUCAUAUUAUAAAGAAACUGAAACAGCUUUACCAUCUGGGCAUCCAUAUGGAAACAUCACUCUAAGAAAAAAGAACCGUAUUAAUGAAACUAUAGUAGAACAAAUUGGCACAUCCUGGAGAGAUCUUGGUAGAAAUCUGAAAUUGCAAGAACACCGAAUAGAUGAAAUUGACAAACAACAAAAUUCUUUAAAAGAUAAAGCUUAUGAGAUAUUGCAUGUAUAUGAAGACCGAGCUGAUCCACAGAGAGGUUUUCUUGUUUUAUGCCACGCUUUGGAGAAAUCUAGACGAAAAGAUUUGUGUAGAAAACUUCAAGAAAUAAUGGUUAUGAACAUAUGA